CGCCCGCCCGCCCAGUCGCCGCCCGCCCGCCCAGUCGCCACCAGACGACUAACGAAAGCUUCCACAUUCAAAAAACCUCACCAAAAAUUAAAAACCUGUCACCCACCAGCCGAGUUCCAAAUUCAAAAUUUUCCAAAAUGGCGCCAGUGAUAACGACCCAGUGACCGGUGAGCGCGCAGGCUUGUCGGGAGAAUGGACGGAACUUAAUUUAUAAAACGUUGUGUAAAUCGAUGUACAUAAUAUUAUAUACGUGAGAGUGCUGUGCUGUGUUGUUGUUUAAACCGAUUCCUCAGACCCUAUGGGACCAAACUUCAGGAUAUACCACGUCGUAUACAAAAGUAAACCUUACUAAUUUGAAACAAGUCCUACAUUUACGUAAUUCCUAAUUUGUCCUUUUAAUAUAUAAAUAUUUAUAGUGAUUAUUUUACUGGUGGAACUAAAGUGUGAGUGCAGUGGUCGUGAAGUAUCCAGUGGCCGCUAAGUUUGAAGACCAAAGUUCGAUUUCCGGGAAUACUGGAUUUACGAAGAUUUAAAGGUCACAAUGAGCGGCGCGGCGGGAGGCGAGGCGCCGCCCACCACCCCCACGGAGCCGCUGGGGGCGCCAACCGAGGGGGCGCCGGCCGAGGGGGCGCCCAUCACCGCCCCCGCACCCCGCAAGCCGCCCCGCCGCGGGCCCAAGGUGCUGCAGGAGAGGCCCAAGAGAGCGCUCUUUUGUUUGACCUUGAAGAAUCCGCUAAGGAAGCUCUGCAUCGACAUUGUUGAGUGGAAACCGUUCGAGUGGAUGAUCCUGACGACCAUCUUCGCGAACUGCAUCGCGCUCGCCGUCUAUACGCCCUUCCCCUUCAGCGACUCCAACUACACCAACUCCAUACUGGAGAAGAUCGAGUACAUCUUCCUGGUGAUCUUCACGGGCGAGUGCGUGAUGAAGAUCAUCGCGUACGGCUUCGUGAUGCACGCCGGCUCCUACCUGCGCAACGGCUGGAACCUGCUCGACUUCACCAUCGUCGUUAUUGGCAUGCUGAGCACGAUCCUGUCGAGCAUCUUCAAGGACGCGUUCGACGUGAAGGCGCUCCGGGCCUUCCGCGUGCUGCGGCCGCUGCGGCUCGUCUCUGGAGUGCCCAGUCUACAGAUCGUGCUCAACUCGAUCCUGAAGGCGAUGAUCCCGCUGCUGCACAUCGCACUGCUGGUCAUCUUCGUCAUCAUCAUCUACGCCAUCAUCGGCCUCGAGCUCUUCUCCGGCAAGAUGCACAAGUCCUGCUACAAUAAGUACACAGACGAGAUAAUGGAGACCCCUCACCCUUGUGACCUCGACAACGGCUUCAACUGCACAACCCUGGGCGAGGAGAUGGAGUGCCGCGACGGCUGGAUCGGACCCAACUUCGGCAUCACCAACUUCGACAACUUCGGUCUCUCCAUGCUGACCGUGUUCCAGUGCAUCACGCUCGAGGGCUGGACUGAUGUCAUGUAUCAUAUUCAAGAUGCCAUGGGCAAUAGUUGGGAGUGGAUAUAUUUUGUUUCUAUGGUUAUUUUGGGAGCAUUUUUCGUUAUGAACCUAAUUCUUGGUGUUUUGUCUGGAGAAUUUUCCAAAGAAAGAGAGAAGGCGAAGAACAGAGGAGACUUCCAGAAACUUCGGGAGAAGCAGCAGCUAGAAGAAGACCUGAAGGGCUACCUCGACUGGAUCACGCAGGCAGAAUACCUGGAGCCACUCGCCGACCAGCACGACAACAACGACCAGAAGAGGGAGUAUGGAAUGGGGACGAUAUUAGAUCAAGCCCAAAAUGAACACGAUUCGACGGACCACUUGGGGAUUCAAACAAACGAACCACAAAAAGUAUCUCUGUGCAAACUUUGGAAAAAGGAUUUAGACAAGAUAAACAGAAGAAUGAAACGUUCAGGCCGUCGCGCGGUGAAGUCUCAGACGUUCUACUGGCUCAUCAUUAUUCUUGUCUUCCUCAACACUGUUGUCUUAGCCAGUGAACAUUACCAACAACCCCACUGGUUAGACCACUUCCAAGAGUACGGAAAUACUUUUUUCGUUGCUCUUUUUACACUAGAAAUGUUAGUUAAGAUGUACAGCUUAGGUUUACAAGGUUAUUUCGUGUCUCUCUUCAACCGGUUCGACUGCUUCGUGGUGAUCGGGUCCAUCAGUGAGAUGGUGCUGACGAAGACCGAGGUGAUGCCUCCGCUCGGCAUCUCUGUGCUGCGCUGUGUCCGACUGCUGAGAGUCUUCAAGGUCACCAAAUACUGGCGCUCGCUCUCCAACUUAGUAGCGUCACUCCUCAACUCGAUCCAGUCGAUCGCGUCGCUGCUGCUGCUGCUGUUCCUCUUCAUCAUGAUCUUCGCUCUGCUCGGCAUGCAGGUGUUCGGAGGGAGGUUCAACUACGACCCAGUGGUUGAAAAGGACCGGCACAACUUCGACUGCUUCUGGCAGGCGCUGCUCACUGUGUUUCAGAUCUUGACAGGCGAGGACUGGAACGCGGUGAUGUACGAGGGCAUUAAGGCGUACGGCGGCGUCGGCUCCGUGGGCAUCAUCGCAUGCGUCUACUUCAUCAUCCUGUUCAUCUGCGGCAACUACAUAUUGCUGAACGUGUUCUUGGCUAUCGCCGUCGAUAACUUGGCUGAUGCCGAAUCACUCACGAACAUUGAAAAAGAAGAAGGGGGCGGUGAAGAGAAAGAAGGUGGAAGCGUCGCGGCCGUCGAAGGCGUCCAAGCGGACACUGACGACGAAUACAUCCACGAUGACGACGCCUACACGACUGAUAAUUCAGAGAGAGAAUACGAAGAGACUGGCUCAGAGGGACAAGAAGAGCAGGAAAUAGAAGGAGAAUACGAUGAGCAAGAGGAAGGGGAGGGAGAGGAAGACGCUGAAGAGAACAGAGCAGCGGAGGAAGAACAAGAGAGGAGAGAGCAACAAGAGGAGGAGAUACAUCAGAGGAAUCACAUAGUAAACACAGAGUUGCCAGAAGAGCCUCGGCUGAAACGGAAACCGACCACCAGUUCGGCCAGGCCCCGGCGCCUGUCCGAGGUCGACAUCCACGACAGUAAGAAACCCAUCCCUGAUGCCAACUCUUUCUUCAUAUUUACUAAAGACAACAGGUUUCGUGUACUUUGCUACAAUUUGUCAGCAUCUUCCACAUGGGGCAACAUCAUUCUGGUCUGCAUCAUGUUCUCGUCAGCUAUGUUGGCUGCUGAAGACCCUUUAGAUGCUCAGCAGAAGGGGUUUAGAAAUUGGUUGUUGAGUCAAUUCGACGUGUUCUUCACCGGCAUCUUCACGCUGGAGCUGUUCCUGAAGCUGGUGACGUACGGACUCAUCUUCCACGAGGGCGCCUUCCUGCGCUCCGCCUUCAACGUGCUCGACAUGCUCGUCGUGUUCGUCUCCCUCAUUUCCAUGUUUUUCAAGUCUGGAAGUGUGUCUGUUGUGAAAAUCCUGAGAGUGUUUAGGGUACUGAGGCCUCUUAGGGCAAUCAACAGGGCCAAAGGCCUUAAGCACGUUGUUCAAUGUGUGAUCGUUGCCAUCAAAACGAUUGGGAACAUUUUGUUGGUUACAUCGUUACUGCAAUUCAUGUUUGCUGUCAUGGGCGUACAAAUGUUCAAGGGAAAGUUUUUUAAGUGUAAUGAUAUUUCCAAGAUGACAGAAGAAGAAUGCCAGGGAACAUAUUUAUUGUUCGAAAAUGGAAACUAUUUAAUUCGUGAUAGAGAAUGGACAAGAUAUAGCUUCCACUUUGAUAAUGUUAUGAAAGGAAUGCUGACUCUCUUCACAGUUUCUACUUUCGAAGGGUGGCCUGGGUUAUUGUAUGUCUCAAUAGACUCGAAUGCGGAGGAUCGUGGCCCCAUUACAAAUUUCCGUCCAAUCGUUGCAGCCUACUAUAUAAUUUAUAUUAUUAUUAUUGCCUUCUUUAUGGUAAAUAUAUUCGUUGGUUUUGUCAUAGUGACAUUCCAAAAUGAGGGAGAGCAAGAAUAUAAAAAUUGUGAAUUAGAUAAAAAUCAAAGAAACUGUAUUGAAUUCGCAUUGAAAGCGAAACCGAUCAGAAGAUAUAUCCCCAAGCAUCGCAUUCAAUACAAAGUUUGGUGGUUUGUCACUUCCCAGCCGUUUGAAUACGCAAUAUUUGUUCUCAUCAUGAUCAACACGAUCACAUUGGCUAUGAAGUACCACAACCAACCAGCAGAAUACAGUAAAGUAUUGGAUAUGCUCAACAUGGUUUUUACAGCCAUUUUUGCGUUGGAAUUUAUUUUUAAGUUGGCGGCGUUUAGGUUUAAGAACUACUUUGGGGACGCAUGGAACACAUUCGACUUUAUCAUUGUUUUAGGAAGUAUUAUAGAUAUAGUAUUUUCGCAAGUUAAUGAAUUAAAGAAUCAAGGCAGUGGACUCGGAAAAUCACAUGUCGUUAAGGAAAGCUCCAUACCUUCAAUAAACUUCUUCCGAUUGUUCCGUGUGAUGAGAUUGGUGAAGCUGUUGUCUCGAGGCGAAGGCAUCAGGACACUGCUGUGGACUUUCAUCAAGUCCUUCCAAGCUCUUCCAUACGUUGCCUUACUUAUCCUGAUGCUAUUUUUCAUCUACGCAGUAGUGGGGAUGCAGGUAUUCGGGAAAAUAGCAAUAGAUGAUGAAACGCCAAUAACAAGAAACAACCACUUCCAAACAUUCCCUCAAGCCAUCCUAGUGUUGUUCAGAUCGGCCACAGGUGAGGCGUGGCAGGACAUUAUGAUGGGCGUGUCGCCGGAGCCCGAGGUGCGCUGCGACGACAACUACCACGAGGAGCCCGGCGAGGACAGCGCCGCCGGCAGCUGCGGCAGCGUGCUCGCCUUCCCCUACUUCAUCUCCUUCUACGUUCUGUGUUCCUUCUUGAUUAUUAAUUUAUUCGUCGCUGUCAUUAUGGAUAAUUUUGACUAUUUAACUAGAGACUGGUCAAUAUUGGGACCACACCACUUAGAUGAAUUUAUAAGAUUAUGGAGUGAAUAUGAUCCAGAUGCCAAGGGUCGGAUAAAACAUUUAGAUGUAGUCACUUUACUAAGAAAAAUAAGUCCACCUUUAGGUUUUGGAAAACUUUGUCCACAUCGCAUGGCCUGUAAAAGACUUGUAUCUAUGAAUAUGCCCUUAAAUUCUGAUGGUACUGUACUUUUUAAUGCUACUCUAUUUGCCGUGGUUCGGACCUCGCUCAAAAUUAAAGUAGAAGGUAACAUAGAUGAUUGCAACACUCAACUACGAUCAGUUAUAAGAAAAAUAUGGAAAAGAACUUCUCCUAAACUCCUGGAUCAGGUAGUGCCACCUCCUGGUGACCCCAACGAGAUCACUGUCGGCAAGUUCUACGCAACUUUCCUCAUACAGGACUAUUUCAGAAGGAAUCACGCAUUCAAAAAACGUAAAGAGCAAGAAAUGCGGCAAAAUGACGAGUGUGGUAUUCAAAUGACACUCCAAGCUGGAUUAAGAACUUUACACGAAGCCGGUCCAGAACUAAAGAGAGCCAUAUCUGGCAAUUUAGACGAAGUUGUGGUUGAAAGUGAUAUUCCCAUGCAUCGGAGAAACCACUCGUUGUUUGGAGGUGUGUGGUCAAGUAUCAGAAGACAUGGACCUAAUCGUCAUUUCAAUCAUACAAAACAUCGAAAGCCUGGCGAACCGCCUCAAGAUGGUGUGGGUAAUCAUCUCAGUUCAAUGAUGCAGCGCGAAUAUGGAGGAUCCCCAAUGCCGCUGGCACCGAACAUGGGCAAUGGACAACCUAAGGAGCAAAUACCAUUAAGACCUCUUAUAUUUAACGGAGAAUCUGAGAAGAUAUAUCAAGUGUUGGAAAGAACGACAAAUGAUUUAAAGAACGCUAGCUACAAAGGUGGGAAUAGCACCGGCCGCGGCGUGAUGUCACUCCCGGGCAGCCCUCGUGGGACCAACAACUCGGUACCUGUCGUGGGAUCAGCUGAAAGCCUUGUGACCAGAGUCCUAACGGAGCAAGGACUAGGUGAGUAUUGCGAUCCAGAGUUCGUGAGGAAUACAUCCAGGGAGAUGCAGGAAGCACUCGAGAUGACUCAGGAGCAAAUGGACAGAGCGGCACAUCAACUCAUGGUGCAGGAGAGAAACUUGAAGCAAGCUCAAAAUCAACAAGCUCAGAUUUAUUGUUUGCCUUCCUCAGGGCGACAUGUACGCUCGACAGUUCCACCCUUUUCACCAGCCGGCCACUAUGUCUCCCCCGCCGCCUUACAAACGGUUAUAGCACCAACUGAAGAGCUGCGAGCGGCCGCCAGCGGCGCCGCCGCCCCCCUCCCCGCGCACCCCGCAGCGCCCUCUAGAAAGCGUCGUAAACGACGUCCUAUAUUGGUGUAAAAGUUGCGUAGUACCAUUCGUAAAACUUAAGAUUUUUCUUAUUAUCUGAUAACUACAUAAGGAUUUGGUGGUGAUAUUAGUAUGGUUCGAUAAUUACUUAGGCGUGCAGUUAUUCAAU